GGAAUUGGUUCUUGGUGCAGCAGAACACUGAGGAACUUUUUCCAAACCCCGACACCACAGUGUCUACAACACUCACAGGCAGGACUACUACUGCUACUUCACGUCCUCCUCGAGAGCAGAAAGGUGGGUUCUGAGAAUCUGGCGUUUUUCUGGUAAGCAAGGAAGGCGGAGUUCGCAGCUUUUUUCUCCAACUGGACUAAACCCCACUUUUCUCCACCUCUCCCCAACAACGGGGCAUCCCACCAACGCGCAAGCGCACUUCUUGCCGCCCAAGGCGGGACUGACUCUCUUGUCUCGCGAGAGUGGGUGGGGCCGGCCAGUCUUCCUUGCUCUCGCUCCACCCCCUCCUUCUCGUUCGCUCUCUCCCAUCCCCCCAAGUCAGUCGUUCUGCUGCGCAGCUCCCUUAGCGGUUGCCACCGCCGGAGACGGUUGGGAGAACCGUUGUGGGAGCGCUACACGAGGCGGGCGACUUCUUCCUCACGGCCGGACCCCGCGAGCACCGGAGUCGGCGUUUCUGUCGCCCGACAGGGUAUCUGAAGUAAAAGGGGCAUUUAAAUCGGUAUUGAGAUGGAUUGGGUUAUGAAACAUAAUGGUCCAAAUGACGCUAGUGAUGGGACAGUACGACUUCGUGGACUACCAUUUGGUUGCAGCAAAGAGGAAAUAGUUCAGUUCUUUCAAGGUAUAUUGAGAUCUUCAGAAGUAGCAGAAGUGAAAUCAAAGGAUUUUAUGAUCCGCCAAGAAGAUUGCUGGGCCAGCGACCAGGACCAUAUGAUAGACCAAUAGGAGGAAGAGGGGGUUAUUAUGGAGCUGGGCGUGGAAGUAUGUAUGACAGAAUGCGACGAGGAGGUGAUGGAUAUGAUGGUGGUUAUGGAGGUUUUGAUGACUAUGGUGGCUAUAAUAAUUACGGCUAUGGAAAUGAUGGCUUUGAUGACAGAAUGAGAGAUGGAAGAGGUAUGGGAGGACAUGGCUAUGGUGGAGCUGGCGAUGCAAGUUCAGGUUUUCAUGGUGGUCAUUUUGUACAUAUGAGAGGACUACCUUUUCGGGCAACUGAAAAUGACAUUGCUAAUUUCUUCUCACCACUAAAUCCAAUCCGAGUGCAUAUUGAUAUUGGAGCUGAUGGCAGAGCAACCGGGGAAGCAGAUGUAGAAUUUGUGACACAUGAAGAUGCAGUAGCUGCCAUGUCUAAAGACAAGAAUAACAUGCAACAUCGAUACAUUGAACUCUUCUUGAAUUCUACCCCUGGAGGCGGCUCUGGAAUGGGAGGUUCUGGAAUGGGAGGCUACGGCAGAGAUGGAAUGGAUAAUCAAGGAGGCUAUGGAUCUGUUGGAAGAAUGGGAAUGGGGAACAAUUAUAGCGGAGGUUACGGUACUCCUGAUGGCUUGGGUGGUUAUGGCCGUGGUGGUGGAGGCAGUGGAGGUUACUAUGGGCAAGGUGGCAUGAGUGGAGGUGGAUGGCGUGGGAUGUACUAAAGCAUAACCACCAACAUAGAAGUUCUGACAACAGCAUCUGGUCUACUAGACUUUCUUACAGAUUUAAUUUCUUUUGUAUUUUAAGAACUUUAUAAUGACUGAAGGAAUGUGUUUUCAAAAUAUUAUUUGGUAAAGCAACAGAUUGUGAUGGGAAAAUCUGUUUUCUGUAGGUUUUAUUUGUUGCAUACUUUGACUUUAAAAAAAUAAAUUUUUAUAUUCAAACCACUGAUGUUGAUACUUUUUAUAUACUAGUUACUCCUAAGGAUGUGCUGCUUUCAUAAGAUUUGGGUUGAUGUAUUUUACUAUUAGCUCUACAAGUAGUAUAGUGUAAUCUUAGAGGACAGUGGUUCACCUCUUGCGUAAACUACAGUUCUUAAGCAGACAUCUGGAAUAGAGCUUAGAAAACAGUGUAACUCUUGAAUUUCUCCUGGACAAUACUGUAAAUAUAAAACCUAAAGAUGAGUUUAGUGGCUUCAGGAGUAUAAAUUCAGCUAAUUCUAUAUUAUUUUUCAAAUGUCAUUUAUCAGGCAAUAUAGCUCUGAAAUGAUGAUCUAAGAUGUAUCUGGAUUUCUCAAUAUUCAUAAUUGUGUUACCUGCAGAUAGGAGUGUUUGUUGGAAGUUAAAAGGAAGUUUAAAUUCUAGCCCUGGAUUUUAGAAUAAAUCCCCUCAGCACUUGACUGAAGUACCAAAAAAUAUUUCCAAAAAAGUGAUAGUUGUAAAGUUAUCUCAAAGUGUCUUAGACUAGGUUAAGAUUCUCAGUGACGUAAGAAUUCAGUGCAAAUACAAGGGUAUUGGAGUAUAAUCCUCACUGAUGUAUUUUCAGUUUCUGGCCCAAUAGUUAAAGCAUACGGUUUUUAAAUAAUUGUAUAGAUUAAAAAAAAUGUAAGACAAGUCUAUGUCGUAGUCUUAAAAUGAGAGUCUUGCGGUUGGAUUUGCAUCUGAUACGUUCGGAGUUUUAGAACCAUUGUGUUAAAUUAUAUGUAGCAAGGAAAAAAGGUGCUUUUUUACUUUUAAUCCCUUCAAUCAAUUUUUUUCCAAAUUGGCUAAUGGAUCAACAUGAAACCUGUCAAUGUGAAUUCAGUUAUUGAACUUGUUACUUGUUUUUUGCUAGAAAUGUUAUUAAUGUAAUAAACAAUGUGGGAGAUAAGAGUA